AGUGUCGGCGCUCUUCCAAAUCGCGGGCCGUCUUUGUGACGUCUCGCAUCGAGGCUCUUCGACUUUCACUUUUGCCGCUGUGUAGGAGAGCUCACCUUGAUGGACCAUGGCUCAGACGGACAACGAAGAAGACACAUUGGAUUUGUUCCAGGAGCCUGAAGGUUACUACAAGGAGCGUGAAAAGCCAGCGGACGUCACGCACAGGACCCUCAGCGGAGAAAUCCUCCAAUUGCACCUCAGCUCGCAAAAUCCACUAUGGGGCCAUCUUCUCUGGCAAGGAGGGCGGACGAUAGCGGACUAUCUAGAAAUGAACAGAGCUCAAUAUGUUCAGGACAAGACCGUUCUUGAGCUUGGCGCUGGAGCUGGACUACCAAGCCUGAUCUGUGCGAUCAAUGGUGCGAAGCAAGUAGUCGUUACUGAUUACCCAGACGCUGAACUGAUCGACAACCUGCGCGCAAACAUUCGCGACUGUUCCUUGCUGCCAGAAAAUGCGAGCAACCUCGCGGCCACAGGGUAUAUCUGGGGUGGCGAUAGCUCUGACCUUACCUCCUAUCUUGAGCCCGGUCAAAGAAGCUUGGGAUUCGACCUUGUCAUCUUAGCUGACCUGCUGUUCAACCAUUCGGAACAUGGAAAGCUGCUGCAAAGCAUUCGACGGACGCUGAAGAGGUCAAAAGAUGCCCAGGCACUCGUCUUCUUCACGCCAUAUCGACCUUGGCUGUUGCAAAAAGAUCUCGCGUUUUUCGACCUAGCUCGUGACGAUGGUUUCGUCGUGGAGAAGAUUCUAGAGAAGCAGAUGGAUAAAGUCAUGUUUGAGGAAGAUCCUGGAGUAAGUAUUCGUUUCCUGUACGUUCGCUGUACCUGUCCUGACCUCGUGAAUUUCAGGAUGAGACCCUUCGGCGGACUGUAUUCGGUCAUCGAAUUCGAUGGGGAGACGCUGCCUUUGAGAAUGCCUGAUGGCUCGAGACCACUUUGGACUGGCUCGAGGCGAGAGUCUGAUCGUACGCUAAUGAUGCAUUUUGUACAUUAGUAGAGAAGAGUAUCAUACGUCCGUGCCGUACUGUGCCGUCAGUCCGCACCAGUGCUGGCUGUUUCUACAUUUUCCUUGCACACCUACGCCGUUGCACAUUUUAUGAUCUCAGUCCCAACAGAAAGUUACCACCCUUGCUGCCAUCUUGACCACCCUGCCCACCACCUGGCAGAUAUGUGACGUUCGGGUUGUUUGCGAGCAUCUGCGCCACAUCUUUCUGUGUUUCGAUUCUUCGAAUUUGGAUCAGACCAUCACCACUCUUCGCCACAGCCUUCGAAAUGACU